AACGAGAAAUGGCUUCCGCAAACAAUGCUCUCAGGGUGUUCUUCAUCCUGACGGUGGUAUGCGCAGCGAGGGCAGCCCCUGCACCGGGAGGCGCCGCCAAGGCGACCGGUGGAGCCGGCGAGGCCUUCGACAUCACCAAGCUCGGCGCGACCAACGACGGCAAGACGGACUCCACAAAGGCGCUGCAGGACGCGUGGAUGUCCGCGUGCCGGGCGACCGGGAGAGCGACGGUGCUCAUCCCCAAGGGGGAUUACCUGGUCGGCCCCCUCAACUUCAGCGGGCCGUGCAAGGCCGCCAUCACCAUCCAGCUCGACGGCACCCUGCUGGGCUCCAAUGACCUGGCCAAGUACAAGGCGAGCUGGAUCGAGGUGUCGCACGUCGAGAACAUCGUCAUCACCGGCCCAGGCACCCUUGACGGCCAGGGCACCGCCGUUUAUCCCAAGAGCAAGACGGCGGACUACAAGGCGCUGCCCAAUACACUGGUGCUGUUCUACGUGACCAACGCCACUAUCUCCGGCAUCAGGCUGCUCAACGCCAAGUUCUUCCACAUCAGCAUCGACACCUCCAAGGACAUCACCGUGAAGGACGUGAGCAUCACCGCGCCCGCGGACGUCGAGAACACGGACGGCGUCCACGUCGGAGCCUCCUCCAAGGUGAGCAUCACCAACGCGACCAUCGGCACCGGCGACGACUGCGUCUCCAUCGGACCCGGGAGCUCGGGUGUGACGGUGACAGGCAUCACCUGCGGCCCCGGGCAGGGCAUCAGCGUCGGCUGCCUCGGCCGCUACAAGGACGAGAAGGACGUGACCGACGUCACGGUGAAGGACUGCGUGCUGAAGCGCACCACCAAUGGCGUGCGCAUCAAGUCGUACGAGGACGCGGAGUCGGUGCUGACGGCGUCCCACCUGACCUUCGAGAACAUCAAGAUGGAGGAAGUGGCCAACCCCAUCAUCAUCGACCAGUACUACUGCCCCCAGAAGGUGUGCCCCGGCAAGCGCAGCAACUCCUCCAACGUCUCCGUCAAGGACGUCACGUUCCGCAACAUCACAGGCACCUCGUCCACGCCCGAGGCCAUCAGCCUGAUCUGCUCGGACGCGCAGCCGUGCAGCGGCGUCCAGCUCGUCGACGUCAAUGUCGAGUACGCCGGCAAGAACAACAAGACCAUGGCGGUGUGCAGCAACGCCAAGGGCACCGCCAAGGGCAGCCUCGAGGCCCUGGCUUGUCUCGUCUAAUUCAUGACCUCUGCACAUUUUGCAUUUCAAAAUUGGAUUCUGUUUCAGCCAAGUGGCCCGGGCGGCUGGGCACCCUCUGUCUGAUCUGCCUGCUUAAUAUAUACGCAAGCCACGCGGAAGACGCAAGCGCCUCCUGGCAUGGCACCUGGGUCGUAUACUCGUAUACUUCCCUGGUUUAGAGCAUUAAUUAAUACUAGAG